AUGAAGAGCAGAAACAAUGACGAAAUCGAGCUUGAAGAAGCACUUGCUAGAGAAAAAGAAAACUUAGAAAAGUUACUACUUGAGUGUUACGAGCAAGAUAAAUCGCAUUUACAAGCUAAAGCCUUGGAGCAAAUGCACCAAGGGAAUUUGCAUCUUUGGAAAGAAACAGAAUAUGUUCAUGCUAUAGAACGAGAAAGGUUAGAGAGAGUAAAGUGUGAACAUGAACUAGUCAAAGGGCAUGUUGAAGUUUACAAGAGAGAUGUGUAUGCGAUGCGAGAAGAGAGGGACAAUGCUCUCAAAUUAGUCCAUGAGAUCACAACAAAGCAUGAGAAUAUGUGUUCCAAGGCUAAGGAGUUCGAAAGCAGGUACAAGGUCGAACUAAUUCUCACGAAAGCUCUUAUUGAAGAAAAACAAGAGAUCACAACAAAGCAUGAGAAGAUGUGUCUCAAGGCUGAGAGGUUCGAGAGCAAGUACGAGGGCGAGCUAGUUCUCACGAAAGCUCUUAUGAAAGAAAAUAAGAGAUCACAACAAAGCAAGAGAAGCCCACUGGGUUAUUGA